AUGGCGGAGGAGAGAUCCAGCAGGGCCGCCACCGGCAUCAUCCGCUUCGUACCUGAAAGCAUCCAGCCCUACUUUCUGCUGGCGAGGCUAGACAAGCCCAUUGGGACUUGGCUGCUGCUGUGGCCGUGCUGCUGGAGCAUCGCCAUCUGUGCGCCUGCGGGGGCGCUGCCGGACGUCUGGAUGCUGACCAAGUUCGCCAUCGGGGCUGUGGUGAUGCGAGGAGCUGGUUGUACCAUCAACGACAUGUGGGACAGGAACAUCGACAAGCUGGUGGAGAGGACAAAGAUGAGGCCGCUGGCUGCUGGGCAGAUCACUCAGCUGCAGGCCCUGACGUUCCUGGGUCUGCAGCUAUCAGCAGGACUUUGUGUCCUCGUGUCGAUGAACCUGUACAGCAUCCUCCUCGGUGCCUCGUCCCUGGCCCUGGUCGUUGUAUACCCGCUCAUGAAGAGGAUCACCUUCUUCCCUCAGUUUGUGCUCGGGCUGGCCUUCAACUGGGGGGCGCUGCUGGGCUCUUCUGCUGUGCUGGGGAUGUACUGCGGGUCCGUCGCUUGGACAUUGAUGUACGAUACCAUCUACGCGCAUCAGGACAAGAAAGACGACAAGCUUGUGGGCGUGAAGUCUACAGCCCUAUACUUCGGCGAGCAGACGAAACCUGCGCUGGCAGCCUGGAGUUCUUUCUUCGUCGCCUCCCUACUCGUCUCUGGCAAGUUUGCGGGGAUGGGGAUCCCCUACGCGGUAGGGGUUGCGGGGGCAGCCGUGCACAUGGCGUGGCAGAUCAGGACGGUCGACCUGGACAACACCAUGGACUGCAUGCAGAAGUUUGUGUCGAACAAAUGGGUUGGCGCCAUCAUCUUCUCGGGUAUCGUAAUCGACAAGCUGCUGGCCUAG